AUGGGAAAUGUUCCCCCUAAGGCAAAAACACCCCUAAGAUGUAUUCUGGACAAUUGGGACCAAUUUGACCCUCAGACUCUAAGAAAGAAACGACUUAUAUUCUUCUGCAUUACCUCCUGGCCACAAUAUCCUCUUCAAGGGGGAGAAACCUGGCCUCCUGAGGGAAGUAUAAAUUAUAACACUAUCUUACAGCUAGACCUCUUUUGUAGAAAAGAAGGCAAAUGGAGUGAAGUGCCAUAUGUACAAACUUUCUUUUCAUUAAGAGACAACUCGCAAUUAUGUAAAAAGUGUGAUUUAUGCCCUACAGGAAGCUCUCAGAGUCUACCUCCCUACCCCGGCAUCCCCCUGACUCCUUCUCCAACUAAUAAGCAACCCCCUUCAACCCAAAUGGUCCAAAAGGAGAUAGACAAAGGGGUAAAUAAUGAACCAAAGAGUGCCAAUAUUCCCCGUUUAUGCCCCCUCCAAGCAGUGGGAGGAGGAGAAUUUGGCCCAGCCAGAGCGCAUGUACCUUUUUCUCUCUCAGACUUGAAGCAAAUUAAAAUAGACCUAGGUAAAUUCUCAGAUAACCCUGAUGGCUAUAUUGAUGUUUUACAAGGGUUAGGACAAUCCUUUGAUCUGACAUGGAGACAUGUAAUGUUACUGCUAAAUCAGACACUAACCCCAAAUGAGAGAAGUGCCACCAUAACUGCAGCCCGAGAGUUUGGCGAUCUCUGGUAUCUCAGUCAGGUCAAUGACAGGAUGACAACAGAGGAAAGAGAACGAUUGCCCACAGGCCAGCAGGAAGUUCCCAGUGUAGACCCUCACUGGGACACAGAAUCAGAACACGGAGAUAGGUGCCGCAGACAUUUGCUAACUUGCAUGCUAGAAGGACUAAGGAAAACUAGGAAAAAGCCCAUGAAUUAUUCAAUGAUGUCCACUAUAACACAGGGUAAGGAAGAAAAUCCUACCGCCUUUCUGGAGAGACUAAGGGAGGCAUUGAGAAAGCAUACCUCUCUGUCACCUGACUCUAUUGAAGGCCAACUAAUCUUAAAGGAUAAGUUUAUCACUCAGUCAGCUACAGACAUCAGAAAAAACUUCAAAAACUUAGAAACCCUAUUGAACUUGGCAACCUUGGUUUUUCAUAAUAGAGAUAAGGAGAAGCAGGCAGAACAAGACAAACGGGAUUUUAAAAAGGCUACCGCUUUAGUUAUGGCCCUCAGGCAAGCAGACUUUGGAGGCUCUGGAACACGGAAAGGCUGGGCAAAUCCAAUGCCUAAUAGGGCUUGCUUCCAGUGUGGUCUACAAGGACACUUUAAAAAGACUGUCCAAAUACUAAUAAGCCACCCCCUCAUCCAUGCCCCUUAUGUCAAAGGAAUCAAUGGAAGGCCCACUGCCCCAGGGGACAAAGGUCCUCUGAGUCAGAAGCCACUAACCAGAUGA